AUGGAACCUAGUACUAGUAGCAAUGUUACAGAUUCAGAGUUCGUGGAAAUACAAUUGGAUGUACAUGAAGUUGUUCCACCACCCCACAUGAGCACUGUACAAAAAGUCAGGACCAAAUUCAAGGAAACAUUUUUCCCUGAUGAUCCUAUGCGACAAUUCAAGGGACAACCAUGUAACAGAAAAUUAAUCCUUGGAGCUCAAUAUUUUUUUCCUAUUCUUCAGUGGUUACCUAAUUACAAUUUCAAACUCCUUAAAGCUGACCUUAUAUCUGGCCUCACCAUUGCUAGCUUGGCCAUCCCUCAGGGAAUUAGUUAUGCCAAGCUUGCAAGUCUUCCUCCUAUUAUAGGACUUUAUUCUAGUUUUGUUCCACCACUAGUUUAUGUUGUUCUUGGAAGCUCAAGAGAUUUAGCAGUGGGACCUGUUUCUAUUGCUUCUCUUGUAUUAGGAUCCAUGCUUGCAGAGGAAGUAUCUCCCACAACAGAAUCUGGUCUUUUUGUUCAGUUAGCUUUUACUUCAACAUGUUUUGCUGGUAUUUUUCAAGCAGCUCUUGGAAUUCUAAGGCUAGGAUUUAUCAUUGAUUUUCUAUCUAAGGCAACCUUAAUUGGGUUUAUGGCUGGAGCUGCCAUAAUUGUGUCUCUACAACAACUAAAAAGCUUACUUGGCAUCACACAUUUUACUAAAGAGAUGGGCAUUAUUCCUGUCAUGCAUUCUGUUUUUCACCACACUGAUGAGUGGUCAUGGGAAACAAUAGUCAUGGGGAUUUCCUUCUUGGUAAUACUUCUGCUCGCAAGACAGAUUAGUAUAUGGAAGCCACAGCUUUUCUGGGUUUCAGCUGGAGCUCCUCUUGCAUGUGUCAUCAUUUCAACCAUCAUCACUUUUGUAAUCAAGGGUCAACUUCAUGAUAUCAGUAUUAUUGGUAAAUUGCAACAAGGAAUAAAUCCUGCUUCAGUGAAUAUGUUGCUUUUUCACGGAAAGUAUCUUGGUCUAACCAUCAAAACCGGGAUUAUCACCGGCGUUUUAUCACUCACCGAAGGAAUUGCAGUUGGGAGAACAUUUGCAGCUAUAAGAAACUACAAAGUUGAUGGAAAUAAGGAAAUGAUGGCAAUUGGGUUCAUGAAUGUGGUUGGAUCUACAACAUCAUGCUAUGUUACAACAGGAUCAUUUUCUCGGUCAGCCGUAAAUCACAACGCAGGUGCAAAAACUGCAAUGUCAAACUUAGUAAUGUCUGUGACAGUCAUGGUGACACUCCUGUUACUUAUGCCAUUGUUUCAUUACACACCUAAUGUUGUAUUGGGUGCAAUCAUAAUAACAGCAGUGAUUGGUCUCAUUGAUAUCUCUGCUGCUUAUCUCAUUUGGAAGAUCGACAAAUUUGAUUUCCUUGUGUUGUUGGUUGCAUUCUUCGGUGUUAUUUUUUUCUCUGUGCAGUACGGUCUCGCACUUGCAGUUGGACUAUCAAUUUUUAGGAUACUACUGCAAAUUACAAGGCCUAAGACAGCGAUGUUGGGGAACAUACCAACAACAAACAUAUAUAGAAACCUUCACCAUUACAAAGAAGCUACAAGAGUACCUGGUUUUCUUAUUUUAAGUAUAGAAGCUCCAAUCAAUUUUAUUAACAUUACAUAUCUCCAUGAGAGGAUAUUGCGAUGGAUAGAAGAGGAAGAGGAUACUAGAACAGAAAACUUACGCCUUCAAUAUGUGAUUCUUGAAAUGUCAGCUGUGAGUUCCAUAGACACAAGUGGAGUCUCACUUUUCAAGGAGUUAGAAGUAACAUUAAAAAUGAAGGGUGCUGAGCUUGUAUUAGUGAAUCCUCUAGCUGAGGUAAUUGAAAAGCUGAAAAAAGCAGAUGAAGCUAAUGAUGUAAGAACAGAUUACCUUUUCUUGACAGUUGAAGAGGCUGUAGCUGCACUUUCAUCAGGAUUGAAGAGCCAACCACCUAGCACAGAAGAAGAAGAAGAAGAAGAAGAGAAGCAUACACUUGUGACAGAGUGCUAAUAAAUCAUUACCACAAGAAAACAUCACAAGUUAAAUAGAAGCAGCAUCAAACUAGAAUAGA